UAUGAAGAGAGAGGAAGUAGAAAAAAAUCCAACAAGGAGGGGCCAUUAGCGGAAGCGGAAGAAGCUGGAAAGGAGCCGAGGGCGGAAGUGGCGCCGUUUGAGAUUGGGAGUCGGGGUAAAGGGGUUACUGAGUAGCAGGCGGACUAGUGGCGGCGGUCCCGCAGGCGGGAGCGGUUGGAGAUUUGUUUUUCCUCGCCAGCAGUCCCGCCUCAUUGGAGCACGCGCCCUUCGAACAGGCCAUGGCGGGCCGUGGUGGAGCUACACGGCCAAACGGACCGGCUGCUGGAAACAAGAUCUGCCAGUUCAAAUUGGUUCUCCUGGGAGAGUCUGCCGUUGGGAAGUCCAGCCUUGUCUUGCGCUUUGUGAAAGGACAGUUCCAUGAGUACCAGGAGAGCACAAUUGGAGCUGCUUUCCUCACACAGACCAUUUGCCUAGAUGACACAACGGUCAAGUUUGAGAUCUGGGAUACAGCUGGACAGGAGCGCUACCACAGUCUGGCCCCCAUGUAUUACCGGGGUGCACAAGCAGCAAUUGUUGUCUAUGAUAUCACCAACAUGGAUACCUUUGUGCGAGCCAAGAACUGGGUGAAGGAACUGCAGAGGCAAGCUAGCUCUAAUAUAGUCAUUGCCCUGGCAGGGAACAAGGCUGACCUGGCCAACAAGCGAGCUGUUGACUUCCAGGACGCCCAGGCGUAUGCAGACGACAACAGCUUGCUGUUUAUGGAGACAUCCGCAAAGACUGCAAUGAAUGUGAAUGAGACUUUCAUGGCAAUAGCUAAGAAGCUCCCCAAAAAUGAACCACAGUGUGCAACAGGGGCAGCAGGCAGGAAUCGAGGUGUUGACCUUCAGGAGAGUAGCCAACCCAGCAAGGGGCCGUGCUGCAGCAAUUGAGGGAUCACAGUGCCUGCUUCUCUGGGCAGCCCCAACUGGAAUGCACCUGAACCAAUCGCACUUACAGAAGAACAGCUGCCGGGAUCCCUCUUCUUCCUCUCCCCCGGCCCCCAAAUCCUCCUCCUUUGCUGCUGUGUCCUUUCCCCACCACUCCCCUAUUCUUCUGGUCAUAGAAUGGAGGGAGCAUAAACUAUCUGCUCCUUUGCUGUACCAAUGAUGAAUUCAUCUUUUUAAAAAGUCUUAGUCACCUUUUUAAAAAAAAAACAACACACACACAUGAACUGUGGCACUCCUCUAACCACUCUUCAUAGAUAGGUGAUGUGCAUUUCCAGAGCUUUGGUCUCUCCUUUUCUCUGCCUUUUAUUUUCUGGAGGGUUUUACAGCCUUGUAUUUGCUCACAGCUGCUUGAAAGAGAGAGCCAUCUUGCUUAGACAGGAUGUGGCUUUUGGAAUAUCUGCUUGGUGAUUCUAAGCUACUUCCACCAGUAGAGCUUAAUCCUAAAGAAUUGUGGUAGUUGUAGACUGGGGAAGAUGCUGAGAGUUGUAAGAUGGCAGAACUGCAAUUCCCAGGGUUCCUUGGUAGGGAGCCUGGUUUAGAUAUGGCAUAGACUUGCCCUUUAAAAAGCAAGUAACAGAACACGCUGGUAACCACUAAAUGAAAUUGUAGCAUUAAUGCUAGACUGAAGAAAAACCUCUGGCCUUUAAGCCUUGUUUUGACCAAAUCACAAUUAUGAGUAUGGGGGGGGCAGGGAGCUGAUUUUCUUCUGUAUUUUGUAUUCUAAUUUUCAACAUAUAACCAAUCAGUAUCUCUUUAAUUACAUAUACCAACUAGCCUUGCACCCACCUAAGUUUGCAUUGGGCUUUGGGUAUACCAACCCUGCAUUAAUUUUUUUCUAUUUACAUUUUGGAUAUAAUGCACUAAUUCAGCCUGUUGAAGAAAGCUAAUUCAGCCUGGUGAAGAAACAUUGUAUUAAAAUUAUCACUUUUUUGAUGAGCAAUGUGAUGCCAUUGUUAAUAACCUUAUAGUAUAACAUUGGUGGGUGUAUAGAUGCAGGGGGUUUGGGGAGAAUGGACAUAAGAUGUGGGGAGAGCAAUAAUAUGUAUUCACAUACGGACAACAUAUUGGUAAUUCCACUAAAUAAAACUGCAGAAGGGAGAUCACAAAUUUUGUUUCUGAUCUAGUGCCUGAGGCAAUUUUGUCUUACUCAUAUCGGUAUUUAAGAGGAAGAGUCUUGUCAGUCUCUUCAAUGCAAAGCUCCAGUUGUGUAUGAUUUAAAAAAAAUAAAAAUUUUAUAAAUCA